GAUGCGUGCUGUUCCGUCGCUGUCCCUAGGUAACUGUAAUUACGCGAAUUUGCUCGAUUUACAGCAAACAUUCCGAAACAUAACAGUGAUUCAUUGAAAUACAAACGAGUGUCGGUGCUUGAGGAGUUACGUGUGUGCAAAUUCAUAUACAGAAUUGAUCACGUUCGAAGCCGUAUCUCAAAGUAGCUCAAGCGAUGAAUUUAAGUGCAUGACAGUCAAGAAAAAUAGCUGCAGCAACAGAGAUUUUGACAUUUGCCCAAUAAAUCCGAUUCGUUAAACAUUCUGCGAAUCGGGAAAUAUGUCUGUCAUAUUACAAUGGCUCGAUCAUGGCUAGGAUGUUUAUUCGGAAUUUUAAUACCAUCGGCAGUUUUUUACCUGUAUUUAUUAUUAAAUGUUCCUUCCGCUGAAAUCAGUUCCUUCAAAAUUAACAGUAAAUUGGGCUCCUCCGUGGAUAUAGAAAAAACGAAUUCACACGUCGAACAUGCUACUCUUGAAAAGCUGUACUUAGAAAAUAAUCAUAACGAGGUAAAAUGCGAAACCAUACAUAUUGCGAUGGUGUGCGCCGGAUACAACUCGACGUUCGCUCUAGUGACAGUAGUGAAAUCCGUUUUGUUUUAUCGCACCAAACCUCUGCACUUUCACUUGCUCGUCGAUGAAAUUGCAAAGAGGACUUUGACGACUGUCUUCCAAACAUGGAAUUUACCACAUGUGAACAUGACGUAUUACAAAGCAGAGAUAUGGGUGCCAAGAGUGUCCUGGAUACCGAAUAAGCAUUACUCCGGGGUCUACGGUCUUCUGAAAUUAAUUCUGCCGGAUGCGAUGCGGGAAGAUAAAGUGCUCGUAUUCGACACGGAUGUGACCGUGCUGAACGACAUCAGUCUGCUUUGGCAGAUGUUCGAGGAGUUCACGAACGAUCAGGCCUUAGGGCUAACGGAAAAUCAGAGUCAUUGGUACAUAAAGGCAUUGUCUUACGGUCAACGGCCGUGGCCGGCCCUGGGACGUGGCUUUAACACCGGCGUCAUGCUAAUGCACUUGCAACAACUCCGUAAGAGAAAAUUUAUGAGCCUGUGGGAAGCUGUUACGAAGCGUGUGCUGGUCCAUAUACCGGAAACUAGUUUAGCCGAUCAGGAUAUAAUAAAUGCCGUUAUCAAGGAGCAUCCUUCCAUCGUGCAUGAAAUAAAGUGCACGUGGAACAUUCAGUUAAGCGACCACACGAUCAGUGACCUCUGUUAUCGCGAUACUAGUCAAAUAAGCAUCAUUCACUGGAAUUCUCCUCGUAAGCAAGAUGUAUAUAAUAAGCAUAUCAACGAAUUUCGUAAGUUGCAUAAAGUCUUCCUAGAGAUGGAUGGGAGCUUGUUACGUAGACGUUUAUUCGGUUGUGAUAAAGAGGAGAUUGUGUCGCAAUACAACGAAUCGAGUCCGUGUCGAGAGUUCACGAGAGGCGCGGCCAUGUUGUAUCGCACUCAUCCUUUUCUUCUUGAGUAUGAGUACAAUGUCUAUGCCCCGUCGGAUGUUGCACUGGUAACUCAGUGUAGCGUGGAAAGGAUACCGUUACUGGAAGAUCUAUCGAAACAUUGGCCCGGUACUCUAAGCGUCGCGCUAUACCUCAGUGACGCUGAGGUGCAAAAUUUCCUGGAGUUCGUGCGCGGCUCCACGGAGUUACGAAACAGGAAGAACAUAGCGUACCAUGUCGUGUAUAAGGAUGGGGAAUUAUAUCCGAUCAAUUAUUUACGGAAUAUUGCGAUGUCGUAUAUAUCGGCGCCGUACAUCUUCCAACUGGACGUCGAUUUUCUGCCGCAGUACGGAUUACACGAAACUCUGAUAAAUUAUAUCGUCAGAUUGAAUAUCAGCGAGACGGACAAAGUAGCUUUGAUCGUGCCAGCAUUCGAAACUGAGCGUUACAGGUUUACCUUUCCCGCUAACAAGGAUGAACUCCUGAAGUUCUUGAAACGUGGCGUCCUAUACACCUUUCGUUAUCACGUCUGGACCCAGGGUCAUGCCGCUACGAAUUACAGUUAUUGGCGGAACACGAUGGAACCCUACGAAGUUUCUUGGGAACCAGAUUUCGAGCCGUACAUCGUGGUUUCAAAGCUAGCGCCCCGAUACGACGUCAGGUUCAUCGGAUUUGGAUGGAACAAGGUCUCCUACCUGACGCAUUUGACGGUUCUGGGCUACAAGUACAUUGUCUUGCCGGAUACGUUCAUUAUCCAUCGGCCUCACGCUCCUAGUCUUGACAUCGGCAAAUUCAGAACUGACUCUAUUUACAGAAGAUGUUUGAAGAAAUUGAAGGAUGAAUUUGUCGAAGAAUUGGUGACGAAAUAUGGCGAAAGCGCAUUAUUGAAACUGAAGAAAAUGACCAAAGAGGACAGAAUAUUAAAGUCUGUUGAAGCCAAAAAAUAA